CCCUGCUUCGGGGCAGAAGAGGAUCUGUUCCGGGCUCCCCGGGCGUCCACUCCUCCGUCCACCCUUCCGGCCUUGACAGGCCCCAUCGCCGCAGUCCAACGGCCGGUCAGCCAUCGUCGGUGCCCUUACGGGGAGCGACAGGAUGAAGUACCUGCCUUACUUCUGCCGGGGGGAAGUAGUGCGGGGCUUCGGCCGAGGUUCCAAGCAGUUGGGCAUCCCAACAGCAAAUUUUCCUGAAGAAAUUGUUGAAGAUCUUCCACCUGACAUGUCUACAGGAAUAUACUACGGCUGGGCCUGUGUUGGAAACGGAGAGGUCCAUAAAAUGGUUUUAAGUGUGGGGUGGAACCCAUACUACAGGAAUGCUAAGAAGUCCAUGGAAACACAUAUCAUGCACAAUUUCAGAGAGGAUUUCUAUGGCGAAAUGCUCAGCAUUAUCAUCACAGGUUACAUCAGACCUGAGGAAAGUUUUGAAUCCAUUGAUGCUCUUAUUACAGCGAUUCGAAAUGAUAUCGAAGAAGCUAGAAAAAGACUGGAUUAUCCAGAGCAUAGUAAAUUCAAAAACAACCAUUUCCUGAUGAAGUACAGCAACAGAACAACAAAUGGCUUCUGAACAAAUGUCAUUCUAGUUCGAGCUUCCAUUAUAACUGGACUCUUGUUCUUGGUGGACAAUUUGAAAUUAGCCCUGUGAAACAGACAACUCCAUCUUGAGCUAAUACAACAUUAAACUCUUCUUGCAACAGA